AUCUUUCAAAAGAUUUUUCUCAACUUCUUGCCGAAUCUGACGAUUAUGACGUUGUUAUUCGUGCUGGAGAAGAACCAGAUGUUAAAGAAUUUAAUGCGCAUUCAAAUGUUUUACAUGCUAGGUCACCUUAUUUUAAAGUUGCUUUAUCUAAUAAAUGGGCAAAUAGAAAUAAUGGAAUUCUUGACCUAACCGAUCAAUCAAGCACUAACAUUCUCGCUCUUCUCGUUGCAUGUGACGAAUUAAUGCUUGAUAAAUUGGUUGAUCAUGUCCAAAAGCAUCUAAUUAAUCAAGAAGCUUCCUGGUUACAAAAGAAUUUUGUUUACGCUUUACAUACGGUCUUGAAGCUCCAAAAUUGCAAGGAAAUCCAAGAUUAUAUCAUGAAAAUAAUCUGUAAAGAUCCUAAACCGUUUUUUGAAUUAAAAGAAUUUCCGACUUUGGAUAAAGAUAUCCUUUUAAGUCUUAUUAAGAGAGACGAUAUGGAUAUUGAAGAAAUUGAUAUUUGGAAAUAUUUGGUGAAAUGGGGAACAACGCAAUCUGCUACUUCUAAAGGGAAAUCUUAUAAAAUGGAUGUCACUAAGUGGAGAGAUAAUGAUUUUGCAUCAUUAAAGAAAUCUCUGGAUCCAUUUAUACCGUAUAUCCGAUUUCAUGAGAUAUCCUGUGAAAAAUUUUAUUAUCACGUUAGGCCCUAUAAAAAAGCGAUACCGGAAAAUAUUUAUGAAGAUUUAGUGGCUUAUUUAAUGGCUAAUAUAAUUCCUAAAGUUUCGAAGCUGCCUUCACGUUGUGGAUUUAUUAGUAUCGAUUCUGUUAUAAUUGAAAGAAACAAAGCUGCUGUCAUUAUCAAUUGGAUCGAAAAAAGAACCACUUUUGCUAGAAAACCUUUUUACCAAUUUACGCUUACUUAUCGAGCAACACGCGAUGGGUUUGAUUACAAUAAAUUUAUCGCAAGAAAUUGUAAUACUGCAAUUCUUGAGUUAAUUAAGAUUAAGGAUUCAAGGAAAAUAAUUGGUGGAUACAAUCCUCUAGGCUUAAGAAAAAAUAAUAGCAUUAAUAAUUAUAACGGUUAUUAUGGCGGACAUAAUCCUUAUCAAAGGCACUGGGAAACAACUCAUGAUAGUUUUAUCUUUUGUUUUGGAGAUGGAAAAGAUUCCGAUACACCUAUACUUAGUCGAGUUAAAACUCCCUCGAACGCAAUUUAUAGUUAUAGCGGAUCUUGGAUAAACUUUGGAAAUGCCGAUCUGGUAUUAAAUGGUCAGAAUGGGUCUUGCUCACAAUGUUACUAUGAGAAUAAGAUUUUAGACUCUAAUAACUUUGUUGUUGAAGAAUUAGAAACUUUUAUU